CAUUGAAUGGAAAUAACAUUUUAACCUUGAACAUUGUGCUAGAUAUUGCAAAAGCUGUGUAGGUAACUUUAAAAAAUAUGUGCAAUUAGACUCUACAGAGUGUAUGAGAUGCCCAGAGCGGUUCUGGUCAAACACUGAAAGAACAAGGUGCAUCCCAAAGGUUGUAGAGUUUCUGUCCUUGCAAGAUACCAUGGGAAUUGUCUUGACAGUCUUAUCUGUCACUGGGGCAACACUGACAACAACUGUUCUGGCUGCUUUUUUCCAUCAUCGUGACACACCACUUGUGCGGGCUAACAACUCAGAGCUGAGCUUCUUGCUACUGGUGUCGCUUACCCUCUGCUUUCUAUGCGCCCUGGUUUUCAUUGGCCGCCCUGCACCAUGGAACUGCAUGCUACGUCACACCCUGUUUGGAGUGAGCUUUGUGAUCUGCAUCGCCUGCGUCCUUAGUAAGACUGUGGUUGUGCUCGUGGCUUUUCGAGCCACUCUACCUGGAUCUAACCUGAUGCAGUACUUUGGGCCCAUCCAGCAGAGGGCAGGCAUCUUCCUUUGCACGAUGGUUCAGAUUGUCAUAUGUUUGCUGUGGCUGCUGAUGGCUCCCCCUCUGCCUACAGAGAGUGCAGGUGAGCUUGGCGCUCGAGUGAUCCUGCAGUGCACAGUGGGAUCUGUAGUGGGGUUUGUACUGGUGCUGGGGUACAUCGGUCUGUUAGCAGUGGUCUGCUUCCUGCUGGCCUUCUUUGCUCGAAAGCUCCCAGACAAUUUCAAUGAGGCUAAAUUCAUUACUUUCAGCAUGCUGAUCUUCUGUGCUGUGUGGAUUGCAUUUGUGCCGGCGUACGUCAGCUCACCGGGGAAGUACACAGUGGCUGUGGAGAUUUUCGCCAUUUUGGCUUCCAGUUACGGCCUGUUGCUGUGUAUAUUCACCCCAAAAUGUUACAUCAUUCUGCUUAAACCUGAGAAAAAUACAAAAAAGAACAUGAUGUCCAGAUAAGAUGAACAAAUGAAAGACUUAUGUGGCAAGACUUA